GCCAGAAACGCAGUGUUAACCGCGCUAGAAUCGGGAGGUGAUGUUCCGUUGUCUCGUAAUGGAACGCUGGGAAGUGUAUUGAUUUUCCAAAAUGGCCAAGGAAUGACAACAUAUGGGCCAAACCUGGAGGAUUUUUAAAGUAACUUUCAGUAUGAAUCUUGUGUCACUCUGGUUCAUUAUUUGCGUGUCACUGAGCAGCGAGGUUAUAGCCAACGUAGAGUUCUAUCCAGAUGUAACUCCGGAGGAUUACGUUAUAGAACAAGUGGCAAGGAGAUUUCUGCAGAAAAGUCAGUACCGUCCUUUCAGCAAUCCCGGCACAAUUCCAAAGCUGGGGCCGAAUCCAGGGUUUACUUACCAGUUUCCGGGGCGUUCUCCAGUCUCCGAAAAAACUUCACCUUUCGCAGUAAACCCGUCCGAUCCACGAUACUAUGAAGAGACACGUAGCCUAACAGACAGCACAGAUGGAAUCCCGAAUCUGUUUCCACGUCAGUCCGUGCCAGAUGAGGAUUAUGAUGGGUCUGUGUUUGAUUUGAACCCAGUAUCGCAGACCUUGAGAACGCCUCAACAGACAGAACAGAAGGCAGAUCACGAUGAGCUUAAGGCUUCAAACUCACUAAAGCCACAGUUGCCCGAAGAAACAGCCCCUGCAAAUUACCAGCUUUACAAGACUCCUGUUCAAGCUGAACCAGAUGAUAAGUCUGAUGUGUAUUUUAUUGCUAUCGUAGCUGGUUGCAGUGCUGCGGCUAUAGUUGGAGUAAUAGUCAUAGGAAUUGGUUGGUACAAGUUGCAUAAGAAUGCUAAAGCUGCUGCUGAUGUGGAGUAUCCAGCAUACGGAGUCACCGGUCCCAAUAAGGAAAUUUCUCCGACAGGUGAUAGAAGGUUAGCACAGUCUGCCCAAAUGUACCACUACCAACACCAAAAGCAGCAAAUCAUUGCAAUGGAGAGUCGUGUUACAAAUGAACGCAAUGGAUCUGUGUCUGAGGCAGAGAGUGAGGAGGAAAAUGAAGAAGGAGACUACACAGUGUAUGAAUGCCCUGGAUUAGCUUCAACAGGUGAAAUGGAAGUAAAGAACCCACUAUUCCAAGAUGAUCCAACUCCGGUGACCCCAGCAGUUACGCCAGCUCCAGCAGUUGCAGGUGCAGUAGUGUCAGGGCAAGUCAGUAGCAGUAAUACAGAUGACAAGAAGUAACUACGAUUUUACCCCUUCCCCUUUCUGUCAUAGUAGUCCCAGUGUUUUGUUUUGUGUGAAUUAUAUCUCUUCAUAUGUAUGAAAGAGAACUGGGCUAAAUAUAUUGAGUUUCUUUAUACAGGAUCUGGUAUUUCAUUAAUUUUACACAAACUGUGGUUACAAGGACAUAGAGAUUUCAGCCAAGUAAUAAUUCUACAAGAUGGAAAAGGAUUUCAUGAAAAUAUUGCAUUUUAUAUAGAAAACUUGGCAGUAACUAUACUGUAAGUGGUAGAAUUUAAGAAAUUGACUGUAGGAACUGUUGAUCUGUAAGUUUUCAUCACUGAAAUAUAUACUCAUCCAAGGUAGGCAACCUCCUGAAAAAUA